CUAUGGAGGGACUGGAGAACAUGGCAUUCGUGUCGAAUUCAGUGAGCCUAGUGACUUAUUUUUAUGGUUACAUGAACUUCAGCCUAACAAAAUCAGCCACCACGCUUACAAACUUCCUGGGGACCUCUUGUGUGCUUGCUCUGUUUGGGGGAUUAAUUUCAGACACCUACUUAUCAAGAUUCAAGACCUGUGUCCUGUUUGGCUUCAUAGAAUUAUUGGGUUACGCCCUCUUAACAGUUCAAGCACACUUUGAUCAAUUGAGGCCUUUUCCCUGCAAAGACAUCGCACCAAGCAAAUCGAAUCAGUGCGAGGCUGCCACCGGUACACAGGUUGCGAUUCUCUUUGCCAGUCUAUAUUUAGCUGCAAUGGGUACCGGAGGGAUUAAAGCAGCCCUGCCAUCCUUGGGAGCCGACCAAUUUGAUGAGAAGAACCCAGAAGAAAGAGCUCUCCUCUCAAGCUUCUUCAACUGGUUCCUGUUCAGCCUCACCAUUGGAGCUAUGGUAGGUGUGACUUUUGUUGUUUGGAUAAGCCAAAACCAGGGGUGGGAUUGGGCGUUUGGUGUGUGCACCAUGGCUGUACUCUUUGCCAUCUUCUUCAUAUGCAUGGGCAAAUCUAUGUAUCGACACAAUUCCCCCAAGGGGAGCCCCAUCCUUCGCAUUCUUCGGGUCUUUGUUGCUGCAAUUCGGAACCGAAACCUACCAUUGCCUGAAAGGGCAGACGAAUUACAUGAGAUUCAUGACAAAGAAGCAGGGAUGGAAACUGAAGUUCUUCAGAGAACUGAUCAGUUCAGGUUCUUGGAUCGGGCUGCAAUGGUUAGGAUCACCCAAACAGGCAUUACUCCUGGACCUUGGAGCCUAUGUACAGUGACACAAGUCGAAGAAACAAAGAUCCUAGUUCGCAUGCUCCCAAUUAUACUAAGCACUGUCUUCAUGAACACAUGCUUGGCACAACUCCAAACAUUUUCCAUCCAGCAGAGCAUCACCAUGGAUACACAAAUCCUAAGUUUUCGAGUGCCCGGUCCUUCAAUCCCAGUAAUCCCUCUGCUCUUCAUGUUCAUCCUGAUCCCAGUAUAUGACCGGGUUUUCGUCCCAUUGGUUCGAAACUUCACUGGGAUUCCCACCGGAAUCCGGCAUCUCCAACGAAUUGGGGUUGGGUUAGUCCUCUCAUCAAUCUCCAUGGCAGUUGCCGGAGUCAUCGAGACCCGCCGGAAAUCUGUGGCAGUUCAACACAACAUGGUGGACUCUGCUGAGCCUUUACCAAUAAGUGUGUUUUGGCUGGGUUUCCAGUAUGCUAUUUUUGGAGCGGCUGAUAUGUUCACAUUUGUGGGAUUGCUGGAGUUCUUUUAUGCAGAGAGUUCAAGGGGUAUGAAGGCAUUGGGCACAGCCGUGUCAUGGUGCUCUGUUGCAUUUGGGUACUUCACAAGCACGGUGGUGGUGGAGGUGGUGAACAAGGUGAGCGGUGGGUGGCUGGGCAACAAUAAUUUGAACAGGGAUGAGUUGAACUACUUCUAUUGGUUGUUGUCGGCAUUGAGUAUCUUAAAUUUUGGGUUUUAUUUGGUGUGCGCAUCUUGGUAUAAAUAUAAGAAGGUGGAAGUGCAGCAAGUGGGUACCGGCAAGGGUACUGCUCAAAUGGCAGAGCUGAUGGACCCUGGAGGUAGCAGUGCUUACGCUAGUGGUGAUGAUGGCGCGGGGCCCUCUAGUGCGGGCGGUGGUGAUUCUGAUGCCAUUUUUUGCAGUGUAACUAAGUUGGUUAUGAUUGAGAUUGCACAGAGCUCUAGGGAGCAGGGAGGCCAUCUAUAG